ACAAAACAUAGCCGGGAAAUCACGAAAACGCGUUCCUCUGCGAAGUUAGAAAUGUUUUUGACCUAUAAAACAGUUUUUUCGUAAAUAUUCGAGUCUUUCAUUUGUAGUGCACGGUUAUAGAAUAAACACGGAACGAUAGCAGUAUGUCGGAUGACGAUGUGAUACUCAUUGAAGACUCUCCCCAGCGCAAAUCGAUCAGCUGCGAGCAAAUUCCGGAACUGUGGGUUCUGGACAAACUCAUCGCCAAGAAGCAUUUCAGUCAAUUUGGCAAAAUUACCGGGUUCAUUCUACGACCGAAGCGAUUUUCGUGCACCGUGGAAUAUGACAGCCAAGAAGCGGCCGAAGCAGCCCUUGCACGCGGUGGACAAUUUCGGGACAUUAAGUUUAGUGUAUUUUGGACGGAUGAAGUACAAUCAGCUGGCCCGGGAGGCAGAGACGAAGGAUUCAUCGAUCCGGAUGUGCAGCAGGAAUUGGAUACAAUGGGCGGGGGUCCAACGGCCGGCCGAAGCAGACAAUCUGCUAAGCAAUCGAUCGAGUCAUUUUUGAAAAAGACGGAACGUUUUCCGACGCCACCGGUGGUGGCACCACCCAAGUCAUUCCGGAUGCCUUCGCGGCCCGAAGUUGUUUUGGAUUCAAAGGUCGGCCAGGCGAGAGCGGAUUUUGAGUCGCUAGCAAAACAGCCAGCUCUAACGGCUGAAGAGCGAUAUCGGGUGCUGGAAGCUAGAGAUAAGUAUAUGCGGUUAACGGCCGACCGAACAACGGAUAUCCGAAAGGCACGCAGUACACAGGGAACCUGUCGUGAUAUGUGCCCGGAGAAAGAGCGCUACAUGAGGGAGUGCAAACUGCAGGUCGCUGCCUACGAGUCGGGUGAAAGUAAUCAACAAAUGGAUCACGGAAAGGCAAUCAAGCAGUAUUCGAGAAGUUCCGCCGAUCAAGAAGCUCCAAUGCCGCAUGAGCUUCGUUCGGAACAGGCAUUGGAACUAACGAUGAGCUACCUGCUGCACCGGAUUGUGGAUGAUUGUGAAGACGACGAAAUUAAUCUGGGCGAUUGGUUUCAUUUCGUGUGGGACCGGACUCGAGGCAUUCGGAAGGAUAUUACCCAGCAGGAGUUGUGUUCGGCGAAGGCAGUCCAACUGGUGGAACAGUGCGCUCGAUUUCACAUCCACUGCGCUGCUCGAUUGGUCGCAGAAGAUCCGUCGGUGUUUGAUCAGCGUAUAAACACGGAAAACAUGACCAAAUGUCUACAGUCGCUUAAGUAUAUGUACACCGAUUUGGGACUGAAGGGUGUUCGCUGUCGGAAUGAGGCUGAGUUCCGGGCCUACGUGGUACUGCUUAAUUUGAACGACGGUAACUUUUUGUGGGAAAUCAAACAGCUUCCAGCCGAUAUUCUCAAUUCGAAGCAGAUUCGGUUUGCAUUGGAGGUUUAUUUUGCUUUGGAGAACAAUAACUACAUCCGAUUUUUCCGAUUGGUGCGCCAGACUAGCUACAUGAAUGCUUGCAUUUUACUGCGCUAUUUCAACCAGAUUCGAACACGAGCCUUGCAAACAAUGCUGAGAGCUUAUACCUAUAGAAUUCCGGCCACUUUUUCGUUGGAGCAUCUUGUCGAUUUGCUUGCUUUUGAGGACGAAGAAGCAGCUGCUGGCUUUUUGGAGUGCUACGGGCUGAGUGUUGAUCUAUCGCAGGGGACUGUACUGAUGGAUCCGAAACAAUACGAAAGACCGGAACUUCCAUUCCAGUUGGAGCGUGCUUUUAAUUUAGUCGAAAGUAAACGGGACUGUAGCGUUGGUGAGGCGAUUUCCGGCGAGCCAUUAGAUGACGAAUCCACACUUGACAAUCAUCGGUUGGAAGAAAGUUUCGAUUCUUCUGGCCUACUGCGAGACGACGUUCUGAGGAAUAUUUUAAAGCAGAGCAAAACAAUUGAGACAGUAACGGCGGCCCUCGGUAACGACGACAACGACGAUGCAAAAGUGUUCAAAGUUCCAUCGCCAACUUCGAUCUCACCGAAACCAAUUUUCCCCAAACCUCUGUUGACCGGUAACCCUUUUCAGCCUUCUCGUUUUACAGCGAAACUGGAAAAUCACUCUCCGGCUCCGACUGCGAAAUCCAUUUUCUCCCAGAACAGCCCAUCUCCAACAUUGUCUGGGAUAACUCCGCUUCCGAAGAGUACUACGGAGCCGACACUAAAACCUUCGACGACGUUCGGUCAGAAUCUGUUCGGAAGUGUAGCCUUUUCGCAGCCCUCGCGGCCGACACCAAUUUUCGGCAAUGGUGACGGAUCGUCUAUUUUCGGUCGUGGUCCUGCCACGUCGCUAACGAAACCAUCGGAAAAGGAGAUCGAAGAACAACAGCUCCGACGACAGAAAAGGGAAGCUGAAAUAAAACUACUGCAGGCACAGACCGAAGAAAAUCGUCGAAAACAGGAAGCGGAAGAGGAACGAAUUCGGAAGGAGCUGAUCGCUCGGAAAGAAGCGGAAAUACGUCGCCUGAAGCAGCUGGAGGAAGAAAGUCGACGUGAGUUGGAAGCAACGGUGGAUAAAAUGUCGGAGAAAGUAUUCAACGAGAUGCUGGAGGAGGUGUGCAAAGAAGACAUUACGGAGAUUGCGGCCGAGUGCCUUAAACGGUAUCAUUUAUUGGAAAAGUAUCCUAAGCAACUUCUGGAGCAACUACAGGAAGAGUUGCUGGCAGAGUUUCUUGCGGAAACCGUACGCGAAGAGGUACUCGUUCGGAACUGUCAGGAAAAUCGACAGAUGAAUAUGAUGCGAAAGUACUUCCGGCUGUGGCACCGAAAUGUCCACAUUGUGAUGGAUAAUCGCAUGCAGAUCGAGAACAGUCCAGCAUGGCUUCCGGAGAAGAUGCUUCCCGAUUUGGCAAAGGAAUGCUUUCGAGAUCAUCAGGUUCUGAAUCUGGCCAACAUGAAAAGAUACGUGGGAGGAGUUCCUCGAGUCAUUCCCAUUCCAUUGCCGAAUGAAGAACAAGUGGACGUGUUCCAAAUAGUUCGCGAAAGUGUUAAAUUGCGAAGCAAGCCGAAAUCGAAUGGCUUAGUAAAAAAUCACAUCUACUGGAAGGUAUCAAUUUCGAUACCUUUCAAGCAGGAGGAAGAUUGUUCCGGGUUUUACUAUUUCAUCAACAAAUGGCUGAAGAAUGUGUUUCAGCGAACCGGCGCUGCUGAUGUCGGAAACAGUUUCUAUUUGGAAGCACAAGAAUCGCCGAAUGCCCGCGAGCGCUUGGUAGUUUGCAUGCGGCUUUUAAAAGGAAUUUCUAUCCUAAACGAAUCCAACGUCGCUGACCGAACGGCUCUGGAUAACUCGAACGGUUUGCUGUUCUUCCUGGCACCAAACAACGUUCAGAUGUCCCGAAAACGUUUGCACAGUCUCCUGCGGAAUGCCGAUUCCUGGGGUCCAAUUCCUCUCACCGUGAUCGCCUACAACUGUCAAUUCAAUUCCGACGAAAGCCUGGAAGAACUUCUCGGUCUGGAUCUUCUGCUGGAGCAGGGUAAAAUUGACGACUUCCAUUUGCUUCAUCACCGGGAACGGCAUAAAGUUCCUCUUCGACACACGCUUCUCCAAUCUCUCGCCUUUCUCGCUUCUUGCUGCAGUUCAGACUGCCCGCUGGAAAUGCAGUCCCAAACGGCUUUCAUAGCAACUUGUCUCGGUGACGAACUUUGGCAUCGUUUUCAAAUAUCGUCGGAUCAAAAUCCGAAACUGGACGAAGCCUGCCGCGAUGUCAAUUUUGUUCUGAACCUGUUUAACCAAGCAAUCGAUCGCACCGCCAACCUGGUGCAGCACAAUCUGUCUGUGUAUCCUGACUUCCCUGCCGAAUUCAAACCGUUCGUAUCGAAACGGCGCUUCGACAUCCCCCUGGAUCUGGAAUACUUUCCUAAAGAUUGGCGUUCGUUGGACCGUCAACAGAAACUGGUCACAUUUUUCCGGAAACUGAAACUAAAACCCAUCAUAUUCGACCCAGCGAACUGUCAAACCGUUAAAGAACUUCAAGCGAACCUACUGACCUACAUCCGCAGUUGCAUGCAGAAACCGAACGAAAAACUUGCCCGACAUCUACUCGCCCUCAUCACCCAACAAAUGCUCCGGUCGCUUCCUGAACCCAACCUAAGCCCUCAUGCUAUGCCAACAAUGAAUUGGUUACCGCUGAUUGCCAUCCUGGCCAAUGAGUUGCUACGGCUCCGUUGGAGCGAAUUCAUCACUGAGUUGCCUUGUGAAGUGAUCUAUCACCGUUGGGAGUACGAUAGCUACACUCGGUCGCUUUGGUGGUUGCCGGAGCUGAAGAAACUUCCCCAGAAACGGAAGUCACUUGCCGAGCAAACGGUCGAUGACCAACACGGGGACGGGGAAAAAGAAACCGUAGAUGAGAUGUUGGCUACCAGCACAGUCUUGCUACCGGUGACCAAAAAAAUGAAACUCAACAUCAGCCUGGCAAAGGAUGAUUUGGAGAAGAUUCUGGAUCGUGGCCGGCGAUGUCUGCAGCGUGCCGAGGAAAAGCUAACGCAGUGUCGCGAGUUUACCGCACAGACCAAGGAACUGGCGAAUGCGUUGGAUGGGAAAAUGUUCGAGCAAGAGCGGGCUUUCCGGGCGAACCGGUGGGAUUGGGAUGCGAACUUCCGGCAGUCGUAGAUAUGUUUCAAAAAA